UCCCCCACCGCCUGCCAUCGACAUAGCUUCCACCCGUGAGUUUCGUAAGGAUCUUGUGUAAGGCUGUUGUUACAUAGUCUUCAAUGGCUAUUACAUAUAUAUGUAGUAGCUAUCUACAGUGUUUCCAGAAGUCCGGAAAAUUGUCAGUCGCUCACGUCGCAUGUGAAGAUGUAUCCGAAAAGAAAAAGUGCAAUGGAUAGUCAAAUUAUUUCGGCAGAAAUUGCUUUAGGUCUUGUUCUGUGUACAGCAUAUCGGAUAAUUUCGAAGAACAUUUUCAGUCAACAGGAGGAGAGUCAACCUGUUGACAGUGAACAGUUUGAGCUAACAAGGUCACUAGUGUGUGUAUGGCUUGCAAGCAACAUAAAGUUCCUACUCAUUAAAUGCAACAGCAAUCCAGUUUCACUGUCUGCACAUUCAACAUCCAGGCUGAUUGCAUUUCUGGCACUUCUACUGGAUAGCUGCUACGGAAUUAAUUAUCAGAGACUAUAUACUAACGAACGGCCUACAGUGGACAUGGCCAUGUGUUCUUUCUUCAUAGUGAGCAGUGUUGUCCUCUUCUUUUUGGACCACAGCCAGCUGCAGAGCAGAGUGGACUUGCGCAUGAUCUUCAGUGACUCUCAGAAGUUCUUCCUUCAGAUGGACUUUUUUGCCACCUUUGUCUUUGGCCUCCUCUGGCUGGCCUUCCCCGAUUGGCUCCUAGGAUUCCAGCCCAUUACAGGUUCUGAGGACACCUUCCAUCUUCACCUCAGUAGAGCCUUUGGCGCCAUGAUGGUGGGUGACAGUUUUGUCUCUUUUACAACACAGAAUUUCCAACCCAACAAAGAAAAGCCAUCCGUGUUCAUAAGCCGAGCAGUGGGCAGCUUGGUGCUGCUGGUGUUCCUGGUCCACUCUCAGCUGACCACCUCUGCCUGGGCCCCUGCCCAGAUCUGGUUUGGCCUGGUGGGAGCCAGCCUCUGGACAGGAAACUCCAUCUUAGGUUACCUCAGCUCUAAACAACAAAAUAUGUAAGAAGUCCAUUCACAUAGACACUGAACACAACAGUCACAACAUAACAGGCAGAAGUUACAUUGAACCCUCUUCUGUGUCCCACAAGACUGUUAGCCGCUUAAGUGAAGUUGAUCACGUGAGCAUGGUUAAUCAAACCACAGCUGUUGCACAGAAAGCAGAGGCAGAUUCUCUGGGAACCUGGAGUGACUUAGAAUGAGUGAUUAUUUAUUGUUAAACAAUUUCCAUCCUAUGUUGUUCAGUCUUAUGAUUUUCAUACUUCACCAUGAAUGAGAUGGUGAUGGUCAUUGCUGACAGAGGUGGAAAGAGACUCUUUGGAAAUCUAAAUGUCUAAAUAUACUGUACUGUACAUUUGUAAAUGUGUAACUCCUCUGAGAGGAGGUUAGAAGCCAUCGGAGAUUGUAAAAGACACUUGACCCCACCAUUCCACUGUACAGAAGUGAAUAGUAAGUAUGCAGGCUCAGCCUUAGAAACAUAAUUAUGAAAUAACUUUUUAGUAACUAUUGAUGGGAAGCGUGGAGGUGUUGUAGCUGCACCCAUAUGACUAAAUAGAUGUAACUGACGUUGAAAUUCUGUCAAGGAAUAAAAGUGAAGGGAAAUGUUACUCAGAAACAUUGUGAUAUUCUAAUCUAGUGCUUCCUUUUUAUUUAUCCUGCUCCAAGGCUUGAACUCUCUGUAACCACUAGAUGGUGCUAUGCACAUGGCCAUGGAGUGCCUCUGAAUGGAUUUGAAUCAUAGGGAAUCUAGCUUUUAAUAGCCCAUCGUUCCUAUCAUUAUAUUUCCAUGACAUAGUCUGACCAG